CGGCGAGAGCGGUAGACCCGAGUGGAAAUCGUCUUGUUUCUCUGGGCUACUUUUAAACCCUUGCGUGAGCUGUGUAUUGAUACUGUAUUUUACACCCUCUGUGCCUGGGCUUGAGAAAGCCCGCUGGGCUAGUCCAGAUGGAUGCGAUUCUCAACUGCAGACCGGCUGACUUGGAAGAUUACUACAACUUGCUCGGAUGCGAUGAACGAUCUACGGUUGAACAAAUUCUUGCAGAAUUUAAGAUUAAAGCCCUUGAAUGUCAUCCUGACAAACAUCCUGGAAACCCCAAAGCAGUGGAGAAUUUCCAGAAGCUGCAGCAAGCUAAGGAGAUUCUUACUAAUGAAGAGAGUCGAGCGCGUUACGAUUACUGGCGUCAAAGCAAAAUUACCAUUCCGUUCCAGCAAUGGGAGGCCCUCAGCAAUUCUGUGAAAAUGUCAAUGCACUGGGCUGUCCAGAGUAAGAAGGACCAAAUGCUGGAAGCUCCUGACUUGAGUAACAACGAGAUUUGGCCCCAACAGACUGAAAACAAUGAAGAUGGAUUGUCAGAUGGGAACAGGGAGCAAGAAGAUGUUGCAAUUCCUGAUGUGAAACCAGAGUCUUCAAAGAAUCCAGACUCCCCAAGAUUUUCAGAGGCAAAUUACUGGCAUUUGCGUUUCCGCUGGUCAGGGGAUGCUCCAUCAGAGCUUCUGAGGAAAUUCAGAAACUAUGAGAUCUAAUGCAAAAUACGCAAGAGCAUGAGAUCAUCUCUUCAACAAUUCAGUAUUUUUUUUGUCAGCAGUUAUAAGUCAUUUGUAUUUGUAUUCAUUCAUUGUGAUGUGAACUUUGUUCGAAUAAA